AUGGUGAGCCAUUUAGGAAAUUGUGCAUUUAGACGCCACAUAAAGACAUCAACUCUAUCAUAUAGAGUGGCAGGAUACGUCACGUAACAGAAAAGUGGAAGAAAAAAAUAGAAAAGGAAAGCCAUCAAUUGAAGCAAUCAAGAAGGCAACUCAAGAUUGAAACGAAUUAUCAUUAAAGAGGGUUGGUUUUAAUUUGGUCUUUUGCUUUGUUGGUCAAUACCAACCAAAAAAGAUUUAUUGAGCUUGUGUGAAUUAGAUUGAAUUCUGGUUAAGAUGGCUAUGAUGAAGAGGCCUUUACAGUGUAUGUUGUUGACAAGGAUUUGCAUGAGAAGAAGUUUUAGUGCUCUUCCUCAAGGAAACUCAUCUUCCCCUUCUCAAAAUCUCAUCAACCUGGAGAACGACUGCAGUGCCCACAAUUACCAUCCGAUUCCUAUUGUUUUUUCUAAAGCUAAGGGUUCAUCCGUCUGGGAUCCAGAAGGGAAAAAGUAUCUUGAUUUCCUCUCAGCUUAUUCUGCUGUCAAUCAGGGACACUGUCAUCCAAAGAUCAUGAAAGUAUUAGCAGAACAGGCUCAAACGCUCACUCUCAGUUCUCGUGCCUUCUAUAACGAUAAGUUUCCAGUAUUUGCAGAAUGUAUAACCAGCAUGUUUGGAUAUGAUAUGGUGCUCCCUAUGAACACUGGUGCAGAAGGAGUAGAAACAGCUCUUAAGCUGGCAAGGAAGUGGGGUUACAUGAAGAAAAGAAUACCAAAAAAUGAGGCUAUAAUUGUCUCAUGCUGUGGAUGCUUCCACGGUCGGACAUUGGCUGCAAUCUCCAUGAGUUGUGACAAUGAAGCUACUCGUGGUUUUUGGCCCCUAUUACCUGGACAACUAAAAGUUGAUUUUGGAGACGCUGUUGCCCUUGAAAAAUUAUUUAAAGAAAAAGGAGAUCAGAUAGCUGGCUUUUUGUUUGAACCAAUUCAAGGAGAGGCUGGGGUUAUAAUUCCGCCGAAAGGUUACCUGAAGGUUGUUAGAGAUCUUUGCUCAAAGUACAAUAUUUUGAUGAUUGCUGAUGAAAUACAAAGUGGCUUGGCACGCUCUGGUCGAUUGCUGGCUUGUGAUUGGGAGGAAGUUCGUCCAGAUGUUGUUAUAUUGGGGAAAGCAUUAGGUGGUGGAGUCUUGCCUGUGAGCGCUGUACUUGCAGAUAAAGAUGUUAUGCUUUGCAUUCAGGCUGGAGAGCACGGAAGCACAUUUGGGGGGAAUCCUUUGGCCAGUGCAGUUGCAAUUGCAUCUUUAGACGUGAUUAGAGACGAAAGACUUGCAGAGAGAUCUGCUCAAAUGGGAGAGCAGCUUAGACAUCAGCUGAUGAAGAUUCAGCAGCAAUUUCCUCAUUUCAUAAAAGAAGUUCGAGGGAAAGGCCUAUUCAACGCUGUGGAGCUAAAUAGCAAGUCCUUGUUACCUGUGACAGCUUAUGACAUAUGUAUGAAACUGAAGGAGAGAGGAAUUCUUGCUAAGCCAACUCAUGACUCUAUAAUACGCUUGACUCCCCCGCUAUCAAUGAGUUUGGAGGAGCUCCAGGAAGGGUCUAAGGCACUGCAUGAUGUUUUGGAAUAUGAUCUACCAAAGAUGCAGAAAGAGAAGCCACCAACAGUCUCCCAUGCUACCUCCAGUGUGUGUGACCGGUGUGGCCGUGACUUAUAUGGCUCUUCAUAAGAUCUUGUAAGGUAGUUUUCAUAAAUAGCAGCAGUAGGUCCCUCUUCUUUUUAUACAGGAUACAUUUCAUAUCCACUGAUACAUUUACCUUUACGUCACGGUAGAAACUAUCAUCACAUUAUGCACAAUCAACUAUUUGGUGUCAGUUAAAACCACUGUCUGUACCAUGCUAGAAAUCAGAGCCUAACUAGUUCUAGUGGUGUGGUGUCAAUGGUACGGUUCGGUCGGUUAAUUUAUAGAAUUUAUACCAUACUAAUUUUUUGAUUA